AUGGCCGCUCCGUCGCGCGAAGGCUCUAAAUCCACGAUCAACCGACAGACCACAACCCCAUUCCACCUCAAACUCUUCUACCGCACAAACAACUUCCACUAUCUCUCCGACUAUAUCAUCCCCGCGCCCCCGCCGCGCCGCGGUGGGCCCGUCAGCGGUCCGAAUGCCAUCCGCGCGCCAUCACCUCCGGCACCCGCGUCGCUCCCACCUCAUCUUGAGAUCUACACCUGGCAGUCCUGCACGCUGCGCGAGCUCGCCCAGCUGCUCACUGGUGCUCUUCCCUCAUUACUCCCCGAUCCGCCCGUUGGCUCCCGGCUGUGUUUCCGACUGAUCUACCCCGAUGUGCGCGCAGCUACCGCGAUGGGCCCUGAUGCGCGCGGCCGCUACCUGAGUAAAGAUCUGGGAAGUGUUGUUGUGGGACCUCGUGACAGCCCGUUCCGCGCUGAGGACGGCUCAGAAGACAAAUCCGAGGCCCGUCCUCGCCCUGGCCCGCUGCGGUUCCAGGGUCCCGAGUCUGACAAGGCUUUGCAGGAUGCCCGCUUUAUUAUUGGGGACUACGUGGAAUGUGCGAUUCUCCCGCCGCUGGACGACGGAUCCGUUGCGCCUGCUCUCCGUGGCGGCUCUGGUCCACCCCCGGCGGGCGGCGGAAUGCGUGCAUUCCGGGACAAUGGGUUCGGGCGAGGAGGCCGUGGGCAUCGUGGUGGUGAUCGCGGCGGCCCUCCCAAUUUCCCCAUAGGGGAUUGGAAACGUGGAGAGCGGCUUCCCGAGGGUGGUGGACGGGGUGGCCGCCGGGGAUGGGCGCCGUACUAG